UUUCCUUGAAACUUAAGCUGUAUCAAAUAGUAUGGGAAAUUCCUCAACCUUCAAAUGUAGCCUAACUAAUUAAAUCUACGUAAAUGGGAGAUGGUCAUGACGUGGUUGUCCUCAAUAAUGUUGUAUGGAUAUCAAUUAUUUCAAAAUAAUCAUAACUUCUUAGACAUAUGAUUUAUCAAAACUUUCUGCCGAAGAGAAAUUCCGGAUCGAACACUUGAAGUACCAUGAAGACCACAAAGGCCAUGAAAAAAUGCACCUUGAGAUGUUUUUGGUUGCAUUUAUUAGUUUGUUGGUCUGUCAGUUGAUGCUUAUGUUUUGGAAACAGCGACACUUCCGCUCGUAUCAACUUGUAACUUUGAUUGUUAUGUGGUUAGUGCCGUUUGUAUACAGUGUGCUAGCAGAAUUCCCAAGAUUCGUUUUUAUAUGGGUUUUAUUUUCAUUAACUACUGGAGUUAUGGUCUACUUAGCAUCUAAAAAACGCAUAAGCUCAACUACACCAAGACGGGUUUAUCGAUGGUUCUUAUUUAUUCAUACCAUUUCUUAUAUACUUGGAGUUGGUGGUUAUAUCCUAUUAGUGUUAACAUUUUUCCAAAUCAAUCUCAUGUUUCUUGUGCCUACAAAAAUUUCAGUGGAUAUAUCUUUAUUGGCAUUGUUUUACGGUCUUUAUUAUGGUGUGAUUGCACGUGAUUUUGCUGAAGUUUGUACAAAUAAAUUAGCUGCACAAAUAUCCGAUCGAGUUCCUCAUGGUAUGCCUAUUCGUCGAAUUGAUCCAUCAAUAUGUUUAAUCUGUAAAAAUAAUUUAACAAUAGAUAGUAGUGAAAAAAUUCAUCGACUCAACUGUUCACAUGUCUUUCAUGAUUUUUGUAUUCGGGGUUGGUGUAUUAUUGGAAAAAAAGAUACUUGUCCGUAUUGCAGUGAAAAAGUCAACUUGAAACAGACAUUCACGAAUCCAUGGGAUAAACCACAUUUAUUAUAUGGGAAUCUUUUAGAUUGGGUACGUUAUUUAGUCGCAUGGCAACCUGUGAUUUUGGGCGUCGUACAUGUGCUUAACUCAGCUCUAGGUCUACAAUAACUAAUAUCCAAUUCUUAUCAAAUAACGCACGUUCUCUAAUGUGUGUUCCUUUUUCUACAAUCAAAACUUGUAUAUCAUAUGAUACAUCAAAUAUAAUUAAUUCUAUUUG